CAGGACUGUGUUUGAUUCUUACCAGCACUCUUAUCUGUUAUAACAACAUUAAAUGUCUGUAUUAUUUCUACCAUAUUCUAAAAUAUAUUCGGUUAUUAUUUUUAUUUUCUUUGUCUGUUUGUGAUUUAUAGAUUUUUGGCCAGGGCACUUUGAAAAUGUUUUGUAAUCUCAGUGAGAUAUGCUUUUCUACACACAACAAUACUAGGCAAUAUACCAUUGGUUAUAUUUCCAGGUUACAUAAAUAUUAACAUGAUGUUUACAGUAAAAUGAUCUUUGCUUUAAGGUGUGAUGGAGGAGUUUUCUAAAAAUGUGGGUAUCAACUGGACCUUUUUUAAGAUUUGUUGCAUGUUCUGGAUUUUCUCACCAGCAGAAGGAAACAACAUCUCAAGGGUGGUUGGCAGCACAGCGAUCCUGCACUGUGGUAUCAACUCAAACAGCACACUCAAUCAGCUGACAUGGAAGAUGAACAGUGUGAUCCUUUUCAGUUUCACACCACAGGGAAGCUUACACAACAGUGAUGAAGCUCGACGCCUGGACAUUAAUAUGUCUCUGUCAGAGAGCCACCUGUACGCUCUGGUCAUAGAAAAAGUCCAGAAGACUCAUGAAGGCAACUACACCUGUGAGAUCAGCACAGUGGAGGGGGUUGAAGAACAAAAAUGGGAGCUGAAAAUCACAGAGGAAGCGGUAACUGGAAAUGUAGACAAGCUGAACAUUGCUGCAGCAGUUGUUGUCCCUUGUAUGUGUUGCUUGGUUUUCCUACUGGCUUUAAUCGUUCAGCAUAGAUGUCAUAAACAACGCGCAGUGAACCGUUCUCGCACCUCAGAAAUGCAGCGGCCAGAAGAACUUAUUUAUGAAAACUGUCUGGAAACUGAUGUCAGACAAAAACGAAAACCACAAGUGUAUAAUCUUCCCAAGACAGCUACUAGACAAGGAGGUGUUCAGUACUGAACAGGUAGUUUUUGCUGAAAACAUAUGCCUUGUGGCGGUUUCUUUGAAUGCAGACAGAAGAAGAAAACAAUGUGCUAAAAGACACUACAGCACUGUGGAUCUCAGGGAAACAAGAGGGUAAUAACUCUCAGUAUGGUUUCUCACAACAUCUUCUACAUUAGAAAAAUCAUCCAAUCCAUUCAAGUAUGUUGAGUGUGGCUUUAUACUGUAAAUAAAUGUGUUCACACUAUACUGUAUAAGGAUGUAACAGUAAGAGUUAAACAGAAAAAGACAUAAUAAGAUGUAACAUUUGAGUUUUUGAGUACGGCCCCGAUUGGUUUAGGAUAUGGUAAGUGAAAAUUAAAGUAUAACACUUGCAUAGGUCAAUUCACAAUCAGAUUUAGGGGGACCAAAUUAUUGAAUGCCUGUCAAAGUGUCCCUAAAUGUAACCAAAACCACAAAAAGAGAUUAUUGAUCUGCUUUUUUGGAACAGUUUUUCCCUAUGUAUACCCAUAAUAUACAUAAAUACUUAUACACUUUUCCUUAUUACAUUUGUUAUAUUGUAGUUUAUUAUUGUGCUGUUGUAAUAGCUUGCCAUCACUAUUGAAUUCCUAAUAUUUGUUUAUUAAUCUUGUCUUAUCUAUAACAUUUCGAAUUCUAACAUUAUUAAGGGGGAAGCUUAAAAAAAAACCAGUGGUUUUCUGCCUUUUCCUGUAGUCAUUAUUUAUCUGUUAUGUUUGUACAUUAUGUUGAGCAUUUUGAAUGUAGUUCAUCAAAGGUACAUUGCCAAUAAAAAUACCAGAUAGAUGUGACUACAAAUUAAACUGUUGACAAAAAUGAUUGAUGAGAAUACUACAAAGAGAAACCAGAAGAGCAGCUAAUCUUUAACAGCUCACACGGAUAUCCCAUGAAGCUUAGAUUCUUUGUACGCUUUUGUAGAUAAUGGAAGCUUAAAGGGGAUUUCCAGUCAUGUGAUACUAGGAUCACAAGAUAAUGACACCUUACAGCAUAUUUUAUUAACAUGUCUGGCGCUUUAACCAUUUAUUUUAAACGCCCCAACUCCAGUUUUUUAAUUAAAGUAAUUAAAAGCC